AAAAAGGUCACACUGUAUUCAUGGCGUCAAUUUGAAAACAACGGAACUUGAAAAAUUGAUCGCGUCCUUUUAAGCGUGCUCCGUUUUCUUGUUCGUUAUUGUGGAAAUAAUACAGAUUUUCAUCACAAUUUGUGUUGAAUCGAGACAUUCAGUGUGCAGGUUGUCCCUGCGAGUGAAAACCUAUCCACAGAUAAAAGGAGAAAACUGAAGAUGGCGCUCUCGGCCCUGGCAUCCUUUGAUGAUCUGAGACGCUGCAUGCAUGUGUUAACCGAUGGAACUGCCGAGGAGGAAUUCCUGCGGUUCCUGCGCAUGUUCGAGCAAUACCACGAAAAGUGCGCUGGUUACGCGGCCGAGACGGCCAGGAUCCAAAGCGAGUUGGAUAAGUCGCUAACGAAGAUGGGCGACCUGGAGGGCAAGCUCUUCCACGCGCGCCGCAUUAUUGACAUGGAGAUCAAGGCGCGUCGUCAAGCGGAGCACGAACGCGAUGCCAUGGAGGGCAAGAUCAUGGCUGUGGCGGAUCUGCUGCGUCACGAGCGCAAUCUGAACAAUGAGACACGCGACAAGCUCGCCUUCCUGCACACACUUCCCUCCUCAAGGAAGCGCAAAUCGCUGAAUGCUGUGCGGGAGGAUAAGUCUUAUGGCGACAUCAACUCCACCGGCUCUCUGCUUUCCGAUCUGUCUAUUACACACUCUGAGGACGACUUUCUUGAUGUGCGCACAUCGAAAUCCUGGCGCGAGCACCGACCCUCGCUGCCCAAGAACACGAUUCCCUGUGUCGGCAACAAGAGAUCGCGCCUGAGUACUGGCCUCAACGGCAGUAUGACCGGAAACACCCCAACCACCAGUAAGUCACGGCGCUCAGGCGUGGGUAUCGGAGUGGAGCAGCACACGGUGGAUGUGGGUCAGGGCGCUGAGCGCUUUUGUGCCACUACCAAGGUAACCAUACCCCAGGAUGGGCAGGGCGUGAUUAGAGCAGAGUCGACCAUUGAGUCGCUACCGGUGAUUGGUGGAAAAGAGAGGAUUGGUGACGGACUGUCCUCGACGCCACGACGAUCUGUACUGAAUGAGGCUACCGCUCCGCCGCUGACACCGGUAAACGUGAUGGCGACGCACGUGACCGAAUCCGGAACACCUCUGCAGCACCGUCCGCUAAUGAGGAACCACACCUUUAGCCAGAAGACUUUCUUGCGCGGGGACAAUUGCGUGCAGUGCCAAAAACGAAUUCGGUUUGGGGCUGUUGGUCUAAGAUGUCGGGAUUGCCCGGUUCGCUGCCACAUCGAUUGUCGGUAUCUGCUAACCGUUAGCUGUGUGCCCCAAACGGGAACGCCCACAACUAAGACCAUGACCGGCUACGUCACAGACUUUGCCCCGUCUAUUGCCCCAAUGAUUCCGGCUCUGAUUGUGCACUGUGUCAACGAGAUAGAAGCCCGUGGCCUCACUGAGGUGGGCCUCUACCGGUUGUCGUCGUCUGAGCGGGAGUACAAGGCUCUUAAGGAGCAGUUCUUGCGAGGCAAGGCCACUCCACAUCUGGGCAACACGGACAUCUACGUAUUGUGCUGCUGUGUUAAGGAUUUCCUUAGGUCUCUCACCGAGCCUCUCAUACCGACCAGCCAGUGGAAGGAUUUUGCCAACGCUGUGCAGAAUCCAGACACCAAUGUCGCUCAGGAGAUGCUGUAUAAAUCGGUGAAGCAGCUACCUCAAGCCAAUCGGGAUACGUUGGCCUUCCUCAUACUGCAUUUCCAGCGCAUUGCCCAGUGCCCAGUUGUGCUGAUGCCGAUCGAUAACAUCUCGCUCAUCUUUGGUCCCACAAUCGUGGGCUACUCCACGCCAGAUCCCGACCAGCAUGCGAUUUACACAGAGGUCUUUACCCAGAAACAGGUGAUGAAGGCACUGCUCGAGCUGCCCGUUUCGUUCUGGGAGCAAUACAUCGUUGUAGAUCCAACAAGAACGCCGGCAACAGUGAUCAAGAGGGUGCCCAGCAGCAAACAUGACUUGCUGUCGCUGUAUGCAACUCCCUUUAAAGGCGGCACCAUUAAGAAGCGAAAGUUUUAUGGCACGCCGCCGGCAUCUGCCCACAAGAAAUAAUAAGCCUUUCCUCGUUGGAAGGCAUUUGACGUGUUACUUAAGUUUACUUCAAGUAUUUGCAGUUUUUUGUUUCGGGCCAGCCAUCCCCGAGCUGUAUUUAUAUUUGUACCCAACUAACACAAGCCGCUUUUCUUUAUAAUUAAUGCGUUCGAUUAUAAGCUUAAGCCCAUAAUUCAUGCUAACGAAAGUAUACUCAUUUUGAGAAACAGUAGAAUAUGCAUAUGAAAGCAAUGAGAAAAAUAAACCAAUAGAUGAAUAAAUAA